CGAAACCUUUUUUGGCUCACAAAUUAGGACAAGCUUUAAGCUUCCCAACUUGCAGUUACCCCACCACUAUCUCCAGACGAUGAUCAAAUAUGUUCACACCUUGCCAAAUAAUGUUGUCAUGCCUUCCAUAUCCACAAGAAUAUUAGUUCGUACAAGUGAGUGAAAAUCUAAAAUUGCUAGAAACUAUAUGACCUUCCAUGUCCCAUGUUCUUAAUUUCUCCUUCAAGCGCUUCACUUGCUUGGAGAGUCACAACAAUGUCCGUGUUCUAGAGAAUAAAUGGUUCGACCAACUAAUUAUCGCCGCAAAAAUAAUGGUUAAGUAUGAUCUUAGCUCGAGAAUACCCCACAAUCUUGCCAUCAUAAUGAUUGACGAAGAGUACCAAAAUAUUGAACAAGAAGACCAGCGCACGUAUUGCCUGGGAAUUGGAAUGUUCAUCGAGGAGAAAGAGGAUUUUGCAGGUUUCCACUUCUUGGUUGAAGGUCUAUUCAUGUCUAGCAACUACAAGUCACCAAUGGGAACGAAUUUGUAUGUGUAUAUCCUGCAAGAGCUGUUAUGGAGGCAUCCGAAUUAAUAUAUCCAGCAUCACUGAUAAAUCACAAAGUCAUUAUACAAGGCAAAGCUCUUGGUAAAAAUCACAUGGAAGACCAAACCUCUCGAUCCUCAUGUCAGUGACAUUACAAGGGAUGCAAGGGGCCGGUCUCUAGCAAGUUCGGAUCACCAAUGGCUCCAGAGCCAUGUUUUAGGGAUAGGAUCUUAUCUCCACUUUCCAUCACUCAUCAUCAUGUGUGCCACAUUUGCACCAGUUAUUCCAUGGCUCAAAAGGAUAUAGCUAUCUGCUUUUUAACCAUAAAAAACGCUGUUUCAUCUUCAUCCUCUGCAAUACAGACACGUGCCACCCAUCUGCUUUUGUUAAGACUAGGAUAGACAGGUCUAUCUAACAUGAAUCAUCCGGCAUCCAUUGAAGGGAAGAUGCCUCAUACAGAGAUAAUUCAGAACGGCAUAUUGCAAUGCAACUCUAAAUAACCUUUUCAUUUAUUAGUGCCUAUAUGUAAUGGAAACAUUUCCCAUAAUGAAUUGAUAUGGUAAUUAUUUA